GUCAGUGAUAAAACAAAGAUCUGUCACAUAAACAUAACCUGACUUUCUGAACCGCUUUUUCAAUAAUUAACGCUUACAUGUAUCUUAAAUAAAAACAGUUCAAAAUGUCGGUGGUAAUUGAAACUACAGCGGGCGAUAUAACCGUGGAUUUGUUCCUUAAAGAUCGCCCUAGAGCUUGCUUAAACUUCUUAAAGCUAUGCAAAAUCAAAUACUACAACUACAAUUUGUUCCACACGAUCAGCCGGGGUUUUAUAGCGCAAACCGGUGAUCCUACAGGUUCAAGGAAAGGUGGUGAAUCAAUGUACGGAGUAUUGGAUGGACCAUUGAAAAGGUAUUUUGAAUCAGAAAAGGAACCCAGAAUUAAACACACAAAAAUGGGAUUAGUUUCAUUUGUGGGCAACAAUGAAGGUAUGAUUGGUUCCCAAUUUUUCUUCACCCUCGGUGAGGACCUGAAUUACUUGGAUGGAAAACAUUGUGUGUUUGGUGAGGUAGUAGAAGGUUUUGAGGUACUGGAACAAAUCAAUGAGGCAAUUUGCGACACGGAUGAUCGUCCUUAUCAAGACAUACGAAUAACCCAUACAGUCAUCCUGGAUGAUCCAUUUCCAGAUCCUAAACGCCUAAAUGUGCCUGAAAGGUCCCCAUCACCUUCAGCAGAAAGACUGCAAGGUGGUAGAAUCGCUCCAGAUGAAGAAAUUGAUGAGAUGGAAGGAAAGUCGGCGCAAGAAAUCGCCGAAAUGCAAGCCGAAAGAGAAGCGAAAGCAAGAGCUACAAUUUUAGAGAUGGUUGGUGAUUUGCCUGAUGCUGAAAUGGCACCACCAGAAAAUGUUUUAUUCGUAUGUAAACUCAAUCCAGUAACUACCGAUGACGAUUUAGAAAUUAUCUUCAGUAGAUUUGGCAAGAUCAACUCAUGUGAAGUAAUAAGAGACAGAAAAUCUGGUGAGUCUCUUCAGUAUGCCUUUGUGGAAUUUGACGAUAAAGCAGCAUGUGAACAAGCCUAUUUUAAAAUGGACAAUGUACUGAUUGAUGAUAGAAGAAUACAUGUGGACUUUUCACAGAGUGUUUCUAAAGUGAAGUGGUUAGGAAAAGGCAGAGGUGUUGCACACUUUAAUGACAAGGGUGAAAGGACUAAAGAAAAUGGUAAUGAUGUGGGAAAAGGAAACUAUAAAAUAAAAAAUGGGGGCAGAAGCUGGCAAGGUAAUGAGCAGAAAAAACGUGAAGAAAAUCGGCGUGGAAAUGAAUAUAGAAACAGUAGCAAAUCAUAUAGGAGAUCUGUAUCCCCUAGAAGAGAUAGAGGUAAGUAUAGUGAAAGAAGAAGGCAUGAUUCAAGGGAUAAUAGAUCAAGAAGAUAUGAUAAUUACAGAUCUAGAUCACCCAGAUAUGAAGAUGAAAGAAACAGAGACAGGUAUGACUCAAGAACUGAUAGAUAUAAAUAUAGAGAUGAAAAAUAUAGCGGCAAUAGAAAUGAUAAAGUGAGCAGGGAUGACAGGAGAACAGAAAGGAAAAGAUAUAGUAAUGAUUCAGACAGAGGCAGACCCAGAAAUAAGGAUGUUAAGACAAAUAAAUCAUUGAGAAGAGACAGAUCACAGUCAAGUGAUUGUGAGUCAGACAGAGAAUCAAAAAAGAAGCGCAAAAAAUCUAAAAAGAAGGUUGAAAGUUCCGACUCUUCCAGUGAUUCUGACAGAAAAAAGUCUAAAAAAGGUAAAAAGAAACAGGAUAGUUCAGAUGAAUCAGAUAGUGAACCAAGAAAAAAGAAAAAAUCAAAGAAGCAUAAGAAGCUUAGUGAUAGUGUCAGUAGUGAUGAAUCAGAUGAGUCAUCUAAAGAAAAAAAGAAAAGUCACAAGGACAAAGAGUAUAAGAGAAAUAAAAAAAGCGGGAGGUAGAAUAAAUCACAAUUCUAUUCCUAAAUAAUUUUGUGUAAUUUUAUAUUACUCAUAUAAAAUAAAACUUUAUUCAAAAAUU